CUUUGGUAUCUAUCGUGCCGGCUAGAUGGAUACCAUCAUGAUCCUAUACAUAACGUUACUUCUAAUAGUAGCUGCAGCUCCAUCGUAUAGUGAAAAUGAGACAGCACCAUUAGGAGCUGCUACAACAGCAGCAUCAAUAACAACACCAGCGUUACCAAUAAAAUUGACAACUCUUAAAAUCGUAGACGUUACGAAUGCCUCAGAUGAUGACUUACCUCUAGAAAAAUCUAAGCGAGAAUUCGGGGUAGGAAACUCAUCCUACGGAAAUGCUAAAAGCUUCAACAAAAGAAUAGAUCCAAAUUUCAGCAGUUCCCUGACAUCUUUUGACCACUCACCAUCUAGUCUUGUUUCCUCAGAUUCAGUAUCAGGAAUCAACCGUGUAAAACCCAGUUUAAAAGGCUCAUUUAAUAUAGAUGACAUAAGUAUUAAAAGCAAACCUUCAUUCGAUAUUGAUGUUCCUAUAAAAGGCAGUUCCUCAUUUAAUAUUAAUGGAGCAGGUAUUAAGGGAACUAAGUCCUUUGAUAUAGAUUCUCCUUCCUUCAGUCUUGAUGGUGACACCUUCAGCAUUGGUGAUGAUUCCUUUAAUCUUGAAAGUCCUACAUUUGACAUUGAAGGAACUGACCUCAAAAGGGGAUCUUCAUUCAGCAUUGGGAACACUGGUUUCGAUAUUGAUGGACCUACUAUCAAAUCCAUUCCUUCUUUUAACCUAAAAUAUUAUAAUGCAAAAAGAAGUCCUUCCUACACACCAGAUACUGUUGUCAGAAGUAGUAGUCCAGCAUAUAAUAUAGAGACUUCAGAAUCUUACCAAAACCCAGAAACUUACCAAAAACCACAAGCUUCUGAUGUCCACAGUAAAUUUUCUAACAGUCCAAACUUCGACUCUAUUACUAAAAAAAAAUAUCCUAAGGACACUCGUGAAAGUUACAACGCACCUCAGAGCUCUUACCGCAAGGAAUAUCCGAAAGCAGCUUACAGUUUAACAUCUCCAGGAGAUGCUUACAUUGACAAGAGUCAAUAUCCAGGAAGCCAUGCAACACCAAGCAAUCGAGUCUACAACAGUUAUGUCACCACUCCUCAUUACGAAAAUUACAUUUCUCCAAUUUCUUCCCGGGCCAUCUCAGGCCGCCCAGGCUCAAUUUCGAAACUAAAAUCUCCGUAUUCAAAUCCAUCUGAAGUUUCAUCACACACAACAUAUGGUACCCCAAAUCAGGAUACAUUAAAAAAUAACCUAUUCGAUGACCAAGGAUUUGAAGGAAAUUAUGCCGCGUUUCAAAAUGUAAAGCAGAAUUCCUUUGCAGAGGAUGAUAGCAGUGGAACCUUGCAGUUUGUAGGGUCACAAACUCAUAUACCAGUCUACAAUUCACAGUAUCCCAGACAAAAGAAUUCUCACCAAAAUGGGGUUAGUUUUUCGCCAUCGACUCAAUCAUUUGACAAUUUACCUCAGAAUUUGGCGUACCCUAAUAGUCCGUUAGAAUACAAUAACAAGAUAGUAACAUCAUUUCCAGGGAUUCAACUUCAAAGCACUCAAGAAUUUCCAAAAUUCAUUCAAUCCCUAGAAACAGAACCAACUGUGCUGACUACUGGAAGAAACAUUAAUUUACAGCAUGUACCUAAUUUUGGAUUAUCCUCGGGCUUCCCAAAGUCUAAUGGAAACCAGCCCUUCUUGAGCACUACAAAUAGUUACCAGCAACCGCAAGUCUUACCGGUUCAGAGUUCCAGGAGUACACCUCAAUUUCCACAAUAUAAGGGGGCUAGCAUUCAACUCCUGUCCAACAAUGAUUACAGAAAACCAGCCGGUAUAUAUCAGCCUCUGAAAAGUCAACCUCAACUGCAUUUUAAUACAAAUGAUCAGGCCGUUAACAGACCCCAAAAAUUUGUGGGGUCCGGGACUCUUAAAAGAAUACAAGAGGAUGUUGAAAUAAUUAAAAAUAACAAAAAAGCUCCAAUUUCGCAAAAUGAUGACAGUGAGGAAGAGGAACAAGAUGAUGAUGGUGAUGAGGAUCGUGAUGAUGAAUUAGACGAAGGGUACAAAUCUUUUGAGCGAGAAUAUCGACAACCAUUUGAAAAUUAUGGCAGCUCAGAAUCACAGAUUCAAAACAGAGAUAAUGGGGAUGUUUCUCCAGAGAACUACUCUGAUGAAUCAGAAUUUAAAAGUAAUAUGCCGCCGAUGGGGCCAUUUGUUUUUAAACCAUAUGAUGAUAAAGUCGGAAGGCUGCAUGAAUUUGUGCGCCAACCUCAACCGCUAAAUCGUUUUUCAGAAGAAGCCAGCGAAGAGAAUGGUGAUGAAUAUGCAACAGAAAAUCACGCGCCAACAAAGCCUCCGAAUAUUGCUUAUGAUAAAAACUCACUCAAACCCUACUUUAGUUAUGAUUCCCCGAAGCCAUUACGAAGUGCAUAUGAUGAAGAUGCUGAAGAUGCCGACAAUGAAGAAGAAACAGCAAAAUACGAAAAGCAAAAAGAUGCCGAUGAAAGAAGUAGUUAUGAAAAUAAGGGACCUGUACCAUAUAUACGACAAUACGACAAAAAAUCUAUUGAUUUUUAUAAAAAGGAACCUUCAAAAACUAAAUAUGCCUAUGUGAAUCAAGUUUCGGACACAAAAGAAUCUUCUGCAGAAGACAGGACAGCCUACCCAAAAAAUUCAAAAUACGCAAAGACAAAACAUUCUACUCCCAAACUUAUCUACCGUGGUUCCUAUGAGAGUGCUGAAAGUGCAGAAAGUACUGAAAGAAGUGUCAAGCAAGGAAAGAAGUUAACGACAAAAAAACCUCAAAAAAAUAACGUUGAACACGAAACUGUACCCAGUUACGAAACGGACCCUAGAAUAAUUCACGAGGAGUCUUUUGGGUACAAGAUACCGAAAAUAGAAGUUCCUUCGAGAAAUAGCCAAGUUAAAGAAAACAGAAGAAAGAAAUCCAGUGGGAAAAAAAUAGCGUCUCAGGAUUCUGAUUCUAGAUAUGUAAAAGAUAAUGAUGGCGUUAAAAAAUAUGCUAACGUAAAGAAAGCAUCAACUGAAAAUACAGAUGUUCCUGCAACUAGAGGUUCCUACAAAUCGAACGCCCCCAAAAAAGGGGAUGCUACUUCAUAUGAGAAUGUUGAUUCUUACUCCUAUUCAUCAGGAAAAAAAUGGAAAGACAAUAAGAAAGCACCAGAGACUGCGGAUUCCCAAACGUAUCCUACCUCGGAUGCCGGAAACGUUAAAUACGUCACUGAAGAUCAACGUAACCUCUUUUCUCCUGAGAGAAUUAGACCCAGACGGAAUGGAAGCGGUUUUGGAGAUUAUACAGAAGUUUAUUGGAAAUCAUAAACAUCUGAUAUUUUUCAUUAUUGUUACAAUAAAUAUUAAAAAAUUGAUAACGCAAAUUGUUACUCAGUGUAUAUUGCCUGAUACAAAAUAAGCAACGCUGAAAAACAUUUGCCGAAUGAAAAAACGUUAUUAUAGUGAUUCUAAGGAAUAUUUUAAUUGAAUAAAGUAUUGAAUUAACUUACAAUUUUGAACUAGGUUCCUAAUAACUGCAGCUGUAAUAACGUUUUAAUGUACCUAAUGAAAGCACAGCAAAUUUGUCGAUUAAUUAUUAUACUUGCCAUGCUGCUGUCGCUAAGUACCAUAUAUGAUGAUUUAGUAUUAGAAUAAUAUUUGUUUUUAUUAUUGCUAUAAUUUAACAUGUUUUUAAUAAAAAAUAUUUAUGAAUUUAGGAUUGAUUUGUAUGUGUCUACUUCGAAAUUUUUACAUGGAUAUCAUAUGCAUUAUGGAAUCGAUACACUCAUUUAGAAACUGGUUUAUUUACGAUCCAUUACAUUUUAAGGAUCAAAAACUUAUUUCUCAUUUUGAUUAUAAAUUUCCUAUGUAACUAAAAAUUGAGUUUUGUUCCUAUUCGUAUUUUUAUAAAAAUAUUCAUCAUGUCAAAAGAAUACACGACUUGCAAUCCAGAUGGUGUCUAGCGAUCCAGAAAAUUAUGAAAAUAGACAUUUUCAUUUUCAGCGUGAAGUUAUUAUUAUUAUGAAAUUAUAAGAUUCCAUGGUGAAAGUAUGUGACGAGUUGAACGCCAAUGAUUUAUAACCAACCACUCAGAAGCCGGGAAAUAUUUAAAGUUUCAAUAACUAAAAUAUGGCGUAGGCAAUACAAUUUUUGAGACCCUCUGAGUCAGAAAAAAUAAUUUUUACGAAGGCGUCUAUCUGUCUGCAGUAGUAGAAGUGGUAAUAGUAAUAGUCAUAUUUACGACACAUGAAAAAAACGAUCAGCAGAAAAAUUGUUCAUCUUAAUAGAUGAGCCAAUUUUUUUGGGAUUAUUCUCUUCAAUAAGAGACAUUUUUUUAACCGUGAAAAAUAUUGUUUAUAGUGAA